UAUUAGAGUCUUUUUUGUCUAGCUCCAGUUGAUUGAUUGAUCUAACUCUAAUACUGUUUCUUAUUCACUCUUUUCCUGAAACAUAUUCCGUGAACUCUGAGGUAUCUUAUCUCCUCCAUAACUUGAUCAUGAUCCGAUUCUGCUUGUAGCAAACUAGGUUAUGAGUAGAGGAUUUUAGCAUUUUAGAACACGCAACAAGUAAAGCUUUACUGAUUGUGUUGUGUGUUUAUUCACUCUACCUUUUGAGGGUCUUGUCACUCCUCACUGGCGUGUUUUCCGAUUCCCUCAUUAGAAUCAAUGUCUUGAGUUUUCUGACUGUGUUGAGUUUUUGCUUUAGCCUUUGCCGGUCUGAUCACUUUGCUCUGGCAUUUAUACAGACAACCAAUGCGGUUCAACGUAGUAACUAGGUUGCUAGAAACAGGCAACAAUCUUUUUUUUUUUUUUUUUUUGCUUUUGGCUUUUGGCUUUUGCCUUUGAACGUGCCUCAACAUCCCUUGUCUCCGUUUCUUCUUUCCCGCUUAAUCCCAACAGUCUUUCAUCAAUGUGACAUAUGUAUUAUACAUUGCUUAGUUCUUUGUAAAUUAUAUAGUCUUGCCUUCUUGGCAUCUUUUUUCUAUAUAAAUCACAAGUUUAUUGAGGAAAGAUUCUUAGAAACAGAUAAGAUAUUUAUCCAUUUGGAAAGUUUUGCAAAAUGUCAUUGCCAAAGCACUAGUUGAGGUCUGAAAGCCUUAUGAGCAGAAGUAAUAAAUAACUCGGGGAAGAAGCGGGGUAGAGGAAUUGGUCAACUCAUCAGGCUCAUGACCUGAAGAUUACAGGUUCGAAUCAUGUCCCCGCACUAAGUAAGGGUUUCAUUCUGCAUCACUGUCCCCGUCGUUGUAGUAGAUAACGUUACGCAAUUGUAAAGUGAUUUUCCAUUUUUUCUAAUAAUACUGUGAUUACUAUUCUUCUCAUCUCUACUGGAUAAUAAAAUUACAGAAUGAACAAAAAAAAAUAAGGAUAAGAACAUGGGAAUGUGUGAAACUUAGGAAAAAAAGACAACAUAUUGUUAUUGUCGUUUUCCCAAAAUUCUCAAGUCCGUAUCAAUUAAGCACACCUCUUUAGUUAGCUUGUGUAGAUGAGACCAAAAUAAAUUAAACCGAACUAAACCGUAAAUCGAUUUAAAUUUCCCUUAACAAAUUGAGAACCAUUUUUUAAUGUGAUAUGAUGCAUCCCGAGAAACGAUCACUUUCUUGGAAAACGAACAAAAGUAAGAAGAGAAAGAAGGAAAGUAAUCUAUAUUGACCCCGUUGGAAAUUUUGUAUUCUCGAUACCCCAAUUCUUUUCUAACUACCCUACCAUAUUUCUCUUCUCUUUAUUAUUCUCAGCUAUUAUAUUAUUAUCUAUUUCUUGCUGACCUCACACCUUACUUUCUAAUUUUGAAAUACUUUCUAAUUUUAGAAAUAGAAAGCGGACCCUUCAUCCUCCCACAUAAAAUCCAUAAUUAAUGGACACUUAACAAGCGAUCCCACACUCCAUCUACCUCUCUCCUUCCCACAGGUGUCCAUCUGUUCCUUUUUUUUUCAGAUUAUGCUCCAUUUUUUCCAACCACCUGCGAAUUCUUCUUCCCCUUCAAGCUCCAUUGGCGUUUUUUGGAGGUUAUUUUGACGAAAAUUGGAAAUCUAUGGCCUCACCUAUUACAAUCAUAUGUUUUGAUUACGGAGGAAGUUACAUCAAAGAUGGGGGUGAGAGAAGAUGGAUCUCGGGAGAAGAUGAAAUUCACACUCUAGUGAUGAAGACAGCUGUGGAAGAGAUUACGUAUUCUGAAUUGGUUGAAAGUAUAUGCAGAAAGAUUAAGGCAAAUAGAGAUGGGAUGUUGAAGAUUAGUUACUUUCCAAUGGUAUUGUAUUCGAACAAGCCAUCAUAUAUUUGGUGUGAUGAAGACGUUUUGGGUUAUCUCAUGCAAGUAAAUCAUGAUAAAUGUAGAAGUGUUUUACAUGUGGAGAUCAGCAGCGACAUGGAUGAUACAUAUGGUGGUAUGUCACUUUUAGGAGAUGAUGAUGAGACUGAUGAUAGCUAUGUUGGUCUUUCUGAUGAAGAUGAUGAUGAAACUGAUGAUAGCUAUGUUGGUCUUUCUGAUGGGACCGAGGAAGAUGACACUGAGCAAGAUGGAACUGAUCAGGAUCAUGAGAUGGAUGGUGUGGUCGCGCUUUACACACCCGAACAACAUGAAGACAUUGAGAUGCAUGAGAAUUUAGAGCAUGGGUAUGAAGGAACAGAAGUAAGAGUGGAAGAAGAAGCUGGAGGAGCGGAAGUUGAAGCUGCAAGAGCCGGAGUUGCAGCUGCAAGAGGAGGAGUUGAAGCCACGGCUGCAGUAGAAGAAGAAUGGGAUGAUGGUCUCGAUUUGGUUAAGGGUCAAGAAUUCAGAACUAAGGUAGCCAUGCAAGUUCUAGUUCAGAGGGGUGCACAUAAGAAUGGUUUUGAGUAUGAAACAUUGAAGUCCGAUACUGUGAGAUUUGUGGCAAAAUGUCGAGGAGCCAAAGAAGGUUGCAAGUGGUAUUUGCGUGUAGUAAAGCUUAAGAAUUCAGAUCUUUGGACGGUUAGAACUUACAACAAGUCUCAUACAUGCUCAGUAGUAACUACAAGUACCCUUAGAAACAGAAGGAGAGGCACACCACAUGUUGUCGCAUCUGUUUUGAGUGAAGAAUAUCCCGGUAGAUAUGACACACCAACACCAGCUGAUCUGAUCAGUAUGGUUACCCACAAGGUUGGUGUUGAUGUGUCGUAUGCCACAGCAUGGAGAGGAAAAAGGAUGGCUGCUAAUGAAGUCCGAGGUACUCCGGAAGAGAGUUUUUCUAUGAUACACUCCUACAUGUACAUGCUUAAGUUGAAGAAUCCUGACUCAGUAAGUUAUGUUGAAGUGGAUGCGGCAAAAAGAUUUAAGUAUCUAUUUUUCGCAUUUGGAGCUUCCAUAGAAGGAUUCGCAGCGAUGAGGAAAGUUAUCAUUGUGGAUGGAACACAUCUUAAGCAUGUUUAUGGUGGAGUUCUGCUUGUUGCGACGGCUCAAGAUCCGGAUCGUCACCACUACCCUAUCGCAUUUGGUGUAGUUGAUGGUGAGAAAGACGAAAGCUGGAUGUGGUUUAUGAAUAAGUUGAGGUCAGUGAUAGCAGAUGAAGGCGAAUUGGUGUUUCUUUCGGAUAGAAAUGCGAGCUUGAUCAAGUCAAUACGUGAGGUGUUCCCAAUGGCUGCACAUGGGUAUUGUAUCUGGCAUUUGUCUCAAAAUGUCAAAGGACAUGUUUUCAACAAUAGAGACGCUUGCGCAAGCAAGUUUACAGAGUGUGCACAUGCUUAUACAGUGGCUGAGUUCGAUGAUCUCUACGAUGCCUUUUCCAGAAGGUAUCCUUCUGCUGCGGCGUAUCUGGAGAAAAGUGUUGAAGUGAGAAAAUGGGCAAGAUGUUACUUUGAAGGAGACAGAUACAAUGUUAACACAACUAAUGCAGCAGAAUCCAUUAAUGGUGUUCUUCGGGAAGCGAGGAAAUUCUUCAUGCUACCGAUGAUUGAUGUUAUCAUCAAGAAAAUGACUGAAUGGUUUAACAAACAUAGGAAGAAGGCAGCUGAAAUACCAGUCACAAAGAAGCUUGUGCCAACAGUGGAAAAGGAGUUGUCAAAAAGAUGUUUGGAAGCGAGGUGUUUAGAUGUUGUUGAGAUAAACAGCUUCCACCUUGAGUACAAUGUCAAUGGUAGUGACGGAAAGAUUUAUACGGUUGAUUUGGCAAGAAAAAUGUGCACCUGCAGGUGUUUUGAUCUAGACAAAAUCCCAUGUGUUCAUGCUGCUGCUGCUGCCAAGUUCUUGAGCGUAGGAAGAGAUCUUCAUCUACAAGAGUUUUGUUCAAAAUACUAUUUGGUGGAGUUGUGGGCAUUGGCAUACUGUAGGACGAUUUAUCCAGUUCCUCAUAUGUCUGAAUGGGUCAUACCUGAUGAGAUUCGAGCACUUAAAGUUCUUCCCCCGGUAUACGAAAAAAAGAAAGGACCCACUCAAAAGCAAAGGUUUCCAUCAGCCGGAGAAUCUCGUGGACGGAGAAGAGGACGCGGAAGGGGAAGAGGCAGGGGCAGGGGAAGGAGAGGCGGACGUUUGCAUGAGUAUUUUGAAUGUGGAAGUACUUUUUCCCCCACUGAGUAACAUGGAACUCUUGUACUAGGUAACACUGCACUACUCGGUAUUACUGUGAACUACUAUGUGUAAUAUGGACUACUCGGUACUACUGCGAACUACUAUGUGUAAUAUGGACUACUAGGUACUACUUUGGACUACCUUGAACUACUUUGAACUACUUUGAACUACUUUGAAUUACUAUGUAGUAUGCAUGUUUCAAAGAACUUUUGUUUUCGUCUUAUUAUUUAUUUUUAGUAAAAAAUAUCUCAUAUAUUACGAGAUUAUAUGGUCAUAUUUGUGUUUAUUUGCCAAAUUAGACAUAAAAUACUCUUAAAUUCUGAAAUUAGUUGAAAACCUCUCAUUUCUAUAGAAAACAUCCUUCUACUUCUAUACUAAUGUCUUGAUGUGAAGGCCAUAAUAGGAUGAAAUUCAGAAAAUACGCAUUUUAUUUAAAAAAAUUAUGUCAGUGUGUUAUAUAUAAUCUAAAAUUGUCUAAAUACAUUUGUAUUACUAAUAAAUUUAAUUUCUUCAGGUUGUAUUACUAAAAAAUGUUCUGAUUUACAAAAAUAUUACUAUGAAGAAUGAAAUAUUACUACUUCCUUGAGUACUACUAAGAGUAUUCAAACAUGUUUUGUUUAAUAUUAUAUUUUACACGUUUUAGACAUGUGCUAUUUUUUUUUCUUAUAUUUUACACGUUUUACACGUUUUAUACAUGU